CACCACUCAGGUCGUACUUAGGGAUAAACUGUUUGGGUUCUCACCUCGGGUAUAAAGUGAGGGGACGGGAGGUGUGUGACAGAACACUGCUUCACUCGAUACAGGGUACAUGUGACUGUUGUGAUCUGAGCUGAGAUUCAACCAGCACGACUGAUAUACCGGGAUAUAUAGAACCUGUGGACGUAUAUUUGGACAAUACCCAGUUGGACAUUUUGAUUUGUGCAUUUGGACUAGCAUUGGAAUCACUCUUGUAUUCACGCCACUGUCGGCAUCAACACUGACAACUACAGCGACAGUGACAUCAUGUCGGUGGAUUCACGAGCCACCCUUCCGCGUACUCUUGCCGACCUGGUCCCGACAUCCAUGGCGGCCAUGAUGCCACACCUUCCUUACUACUACACCGCAGAGCAACUCAAGUCUUGUCACAACUCCAUGCUAGCAGCAUCAGCAGCGGGGGCAAGCCAUCCUUCAAUCUUCACCAUCGACAGUAUUCUUGCCCCCCGUCCCAUCCUCGCCCACCGACCAACGCCCUACUUUGCCUACCCCGGGAUGCCACCAACCCACCAUGACUUCUUCGCCGCCUACCCCCCUUUUCCUGGUUUUAUGAAUCCGGCUGAUUUGGCACGUGCAGCCGGACAGAAAAGGAAACGACGUCACAGAACGAUCUUUACCGAAGAACAAUUGGAACAGCUUGAGGCGACCUUCCAGAAAACACAUUACCCGGAUGUUCUGCUCAGGGAGGAGCUCGCCAUUAAAGUUGAUCUGAAGGAAGAGAGAGUGGAGGUUUGGUUCAAGAACAGGAGAGCAAAAUGGAGGAAGCAGAAACGCGAAGAGGAAGCAGUUAAGCGAGGAAGUGAAACUCCCGCAAGACCUACAACAGAGACAGACGAAGACGAUAAAGAGGCAGAAGCCUCGAUCUGUGUUGAUGAUGACAGUGUAGACAUGCGCAGAAGAGACAGUGAAAGUAGCGACUCAUCUAAGGUGGAUUUGGAGGACAGUGAGGAUGAUGUUGUCAGCAAUGGCGCCGACGACAGCUCUCAUAGUUGUGUCUCCCUCACAGGAGCCACAGACAGUCAGUCAGACCACAGGGGAGAAGUCGAACAUUUAGACGUCUCCAGUUAGGUUUCCUGUCAGGUGGACCCCGAAACAUAUAUUCUAGUCUUGCCACAAACUCUCCUUCUCAAGUACCACAUACGAGAAAAUGCGAGAGUCAGAAACAAAAUGGACGUUGUGACGCCACCCUGGUAUCAUAGUGCAUGCCACCCCUGUGCGUGGCAAGGGGCAAGGGUAGACAAUCCACGAUGACAUCCGGCGUCGCUGGUGGUAUGUUUGCCGGAUGGGCACAGGCCAAUCAAACUGCUUCUAACAGACGGAAAAGACAAGUACGGAAUAUAAACAGCCUUGGAAGAACUCUGUAAUGAUCUUCUUGAGUGAGGCUCGGAGAAGCAGUUGGUGGUCCUGUUUAGGCCCCAUGUCCCCGAUGUCAUGCCCCUUCUGCCACGGUGAGGUGGCAGUUCCCGUUGUUGUCGUCGUGAGGUAGCUCCGGCCUUGUUUAGUGAUAUUUAUGUUAUGUGUUGUACAUACAUUGAUUGUAAAUUUAUUUCAUAAAAUGUCUGA